AUUUAUUAUAAAUUUAAGAUAACCAUAGAUGGGGAUCCCACCUAAAAGGAAUGUUAUGCAUAAGCUAAUCACUAAAUACUUCAGAGUUGGCAGGAAUAGUCCUCCACACCCUGAAGCAGUGAAGUAUCAGAACCAGCUCAUUAACUGCUGGGAAAGAUAUGGAGUAAAUAACCCGAAAUGCUCACAUCUUAUCGAGGUGUUUGAUUAUGGAUGGGGACUUAAUUUAGUCAAGAAAGAUAAAUUUACUCAACAAUUAUCAGGAUACACAGAUCUUGCCAUGAAACCAAUGGAUCUCACGCCAAAAGCUGCCAAAAAGAGAGCUGCUGCAGAGAAAGUUUACUGGGCAGGAUACCAAAGAGGAGUAAAGGACCCAUUGAGACCUCCAACUCUGUACUAA